GAACCCCUAAUCUGAACCAAACUCAGGAUGCAACAGCCCCGCUUUCCUGCCUUCAGAUCCCUGGGGCUCCUGUCCCCACUUCCCCCACCAGUACCUCCCUCCCGUCCCCACUCGGCCCCUGCCUCACACCUCCUCAAGGCCAUGCUUGCCAUCAUGUUCCUUUUCUUGCUUGCUCAAGACCUCCUCCAGUACCUGCAGCAGGCCGGGGACGGGCUGGAUGAGGCCACACUGCCGAGUAUGUGAACCAGCAGAUGACUCAGCUCAUUCUGGAGCUGGAGCAGAUGAAGCUGGAGCAGAGCGGUGGGCCUGGGGAGCUCCGCUCAUCUGGCAGUUCUCAGCUCUGACUGGAAUCCUCAUCCUUCUCUUGGCGCUGUGGUUUGGACUCAAGAAAAUUAGAUGUGAUCCAGACAACAGUGGCCACAAGGAGAGGUCCAGCAGUAAGUGGGUGGAGGAAGAAGGACACAUCAUAGCUGCAAAGAAAGACACAGAAAGCAACGAUGCAGAUGUGGAAGAGGACAAUAAGGAUGGAAAGGAAGAAGGCAGCAACACUGAUGCAAAGGCAGAAAGCAAUGUUGGACGGGAAGCAAAAGAAGGCUAUGAUGACACAAAGGAAGAACAAGGAUGAGGAAGCAGAGGAAGUCAAUGCUGCCAGAAAGGGAGAAGACAAGGCAAUGCAAACAAAGGAGACGACAACCACAGCAUCAAAAGGAACCCUGGAAGCCUUUCAGAGGUGCACAUACAGUUGCCUGCCCUGGAUCUGGACAAAGGCUGCUUGGUGAUUACGGACCUGAUGGACAAACUCACACACAUCUUUGGACAAGGCUUGUUCAACAGCUUCUACCCGAUGCCACAACAAGCCAUCGGAGUGGGCAGAGCCUUUGAAGGCUGGAGUCCCCGUGCACAAGAUGUUGUGUACCACGUGCUCGUGCCCCUGAGUCCCCCUCCAGGACACGCCUUCCACCUGGAGGUGGACACUGUGGGGAUGCUCCAGAGAAAUUUCUGUGUGGAGCUGCUGUGCACCUGCACUAGGGAGAGACUGGGGGAGAGCAUGCUAUGUUUCCUCCACCACCCUGAGGAGGAGCUGAGAAGGAAACAGGACCCCAGCCUCCUGCACAGUCUCUGCACUGGCUCCUAUCUAGAUGUGGAGAAAACUGUCCAUUGGUUCUAUCGAUUCCUGAGAGUAGCCUGGAUGUUUUUGCCUCAGUCCCGCCACUGAUGUUUAAUGCUGCAGCCCUGCAGCUACUCCUGUAAAUUUCACCUAAGCAAAGACAAGAAAAGCUUCACGGUUGAAGUGAUCUUUGGAGUGCGGCGAGGAGACUCAGAUAUCUUUGUGGACAGCCAGCCUGCAGAAGUAGGCGUCCCAAGCACAACGUGGCUUGAGACUUAUGCCGUGGCAGAGGCAAAAUCCUUCAAGCACGAGGCAAAAUCCUUCAAGCACAUUUCCAGGCAUGCCCCCCAGGACAGCUGGCACUGUAAGUUCCUGCAGCUCCUCAGCGGCAUCCUGACAGGUGUACAUUUUUCCAGCUAUGCCCUGAAGACCACGGUGAUGCACCUCCUGAACACCAUACCCCUGAUACAGUGGUGCAGGAGGGAUUUCCGGCAGCGACUAAUGGAUAUCCUGAAGUACCUCCGCUGCUCACUGGACGCGAAACAACUCAACCACUUUGUCAUAGGCAACAAGAGGCUUCCCGAGGAGAUCAGUUUGCCCUCCAACUUACGUGUGGCUCAACCACCCAACCACUUCCAGCACCUGGCCAGCAACCUGGAUGCCCACACCAAGGCUGUACGUUCGCCUGCUGCAUCGGCUCAAACAGCUGCUAAUGCACAGCCAUUGAAAGAGAUCCUCGGGCACAGAGCUGUGCUUGAGGGGCCUCUUGACAGACCCUGUAUAUAUUAACCUCCCAUAGUUAGUGCAUUUACGAUAUCUAUUAGUACCCUGUACUUAGUGAUUUUGCUACACUUACUAAUGCCCUCUAAAUUAUUGAAUUUACUAUAUAUAUUAGGACCCUCUAGUUAGUGCUUUUACUAUAUAUAUUAACACACUCUAGUUAGAGAAUUUACUGUAUAUGUUAGGACUCUCUAGGUAGUGCUUUUACUCCAUAUAUUAAUACCCUCCAGCUAAUGCAUUCAGCAAUCCCAAAUCUUCUUUUUUACUGUUUCAAUAAACUGGACUAUUCCAGUAUCUAGAUGGUGCAAGCUCUCCUUGAACUCGACCAGACCUAGAGUAUUUGUAAAUGCUACUCGCUGUGAAUCUGUGGCUGGCUGGGGGUAGGCAUUCUUAUUAGCAAGCCUUUUUUAACAAACGCACACAAUUCUCACUCCCUACUGCUUACAGCCUGUCAUUGCACAGGCUCUCCAUGUCUCCCUUGCUUACAAGCUCAUGUUUACUUUGCAUAGCUGCCUCUUCUGCCUCAAGCUGGGGAGAAGGAUACCAUACCCAGGUCCUAUGACCUGGUGUGGUAACUCAGUCUGUGAAGUUUCGAUGCUAGCAUAGGCAAGACCAGAACAUAGAGAGAUAAAGUGAAAGCCUUUCUCCUUCGAGAUGAUAAACUAAACCCUUACAGCAUAUACUCCUUUUAAUGAUAGAAGCAAGGUAAUAUAUUCUGUAUUCAUCUCAAGAUGACAAAGUACUAGAGAUGAAGAUCGUCCCCUGCAGAGCAACAGUCAGCCUCUAUAGAAAGGUUAGGAGAACCAUAGGCAGCAUCUGCCAAGCUGAUCCUCAUCUCAUGUCAGCAGAGAGUUGCUCACUAAAGCACUCCCUAAAAGUAAGAAAUUAAUAAUUAGCAAAACCCAAAACCUCCUUUAUGUUGUCACAACUAAGUGGAAUUGAUAUUUGAAGCCUCUCUGACUCAUCGCUUCCUGUGAAUAGCAAAAGAAGGGAAAUUUUUUAAGCAGUCUUCAAAUCACCCAACACAUUGUUUAAUAAUUUCCAGGGUUUUCAAAGAGGAUGGAUCAUGAUACAAUCUUGCUGGUCACAACAUCAGCUAUGGUCAUGCAGUUACUUAAAUGCCUCAAGGAAAGCAAAUGGAGCUUUGUUAGUGAUUGCUGGGCUUGAACUCCACAAACCUCGUGAAGAUAGGUUACUUAUGGUAUAGAUAAAAGUAUCCCUUUCUCUCUUACUUUUUCAUUGUUUGUCCUCCCUGUUGUUUCAGCAACCUCUCCUGCUACUGCACCCAGGAAGCUUGCACAGGACUCACAGCAAAUUCCUCUCUAUAAUUUAGCAUCCUGCAGACCAUAUAGACUGUAACUCAUCUUCUCAGUAAAAUACACAGACUUUACCUCCUCCAUCUAUUUUCAUAGGGAAAUCUUGCCGUUCUCCAAAUUGUUCUUAUUACCUGUUUUGAAGGCAUUCUAUGUUUCGUGGAUAUAUUUUGAUGGGUAGCCAGAUCUGAUGGCUGCAUCCUGGAAGACGACAAGGUAUUUUUCCAGAGGCAGCUGUACUCUUCACCUUUCCAGGGGCAAUGGCUGUGUUUUCUGCUAGUUAAUAUUCCAAAAAAAUCUUUCAGAAUGUGAUUUUCUUUCUGGUUCCCAACCCCUGGUUCCCAGCCCUAGAGGGAGUUUUCUCUACCAGAUAUAGGGAGAAGCCUGGGAGCAGCUAAGUUGGGACCACAAGAAAAAGGGACUUCAGAGCCAGGAGAAGCAGUACCACAUCCCCUCCUUGCUGUGCUGCAGCUCCCCCAGAGAUGCCACAACCCUGGGACAUUAGCCAAAAUUGCACUUACCUUGCAGAGACUGGCAAACUCAACACAUUAACUGACCUAAUGGAGAACAUCAGCAGCUCCACCUGCCAAAAAAGCAACGUGAAAGUUUUUGGCUGUUGGUACGAGCCCUCCACUUCUGGAACCGAAACUCUGUAACCUGAAUACUGGAAACCAGCAUGAGACUCCUUGUGUCUAAAGAGAAGGGGGUUAGAUUAUUGCUAAUGGCAGAAACAGACUUUCAUCUUCCCCACUAACCAUUCUGAGGACAAAUAAAUGCAACUACUCCAGAAAAGCUGCAAUUAACUAUUUCUGAAACUAUUCCCCUUCUUUAUAUAUCAACAGGAAAAUAUGUUUUCUCUCCUUGAUAUGGUAAGUUGUAAUGUCACAGAAAGGCAUAUCUUAGAAUAAAAC